UAGGGUAUAUAUUCUUUUAUUUCAAACAUAGCGCUCAUAGUAUCAACGCCAUUGAAUGAAUCUAGCGAAAUUUCAUUCAUUGAAACAUGUAAAUACAUAGUGCAAAGGCUAGUAUCAUUAAUAUAUACAAAUACAUUAAAAAUGGCCGCAUAUUGGACAAUUAAAAUGUUUGGCAUAUGAAUUAAGUCAAAAAAAUAAAUCAAGGAAACUUAGGAUAGUGUUUUACAAUGUAUAUCAGGAUGAGUGUCCGUACAAGGAGAACGAUUUGUUGUGGAAUUAUUCUGUUAUUAAGUGUUUUGUAUUUGUACACAAAUCGGACUUUGUAUACAAGUGUACGUGACAGAAAUGUUUCUUUAAAGUUGCUUCUUAACGCUGCGAUAAAGGCAUCCGAACUCGGCGGUUCUGAAGUUAUAGCAGUUCACGAUCAAGUUAAAUUUGAAAUCGAGAGUAAAGGAAAAACAAAAGAAGGUGUAAAUGAUCUAGUAACAGAAGCAGAUUAUAGAUCACAUUGUGCGAUGUAUCACUCUUUGAUAGAGGCAUUCCCAGGUAUAACAGUAAUAUCAGAAGAAACAUCAAAAGACUGUGAUAAAGUUACAGUAUCCAACAUAAAAGACUCAGUUGAUAACUUAAUCGAUUAUAAAAUUCAAGAUGAAACUGUGAAUGCAAAUGACAUAACAGUAUGGAUUGAUCCCCUUGAUGCUACAAAAGAAUUUACAGAAAAUUUAUUACGAUAUGUUACAACUAUGGUAUGUGUUGCUGUUAAGGGAAAGCCUAUAAUAGGUGUUAUUUAUAAACCAUUUGAAACAAAACAAAACUCGAGUCUCUUUUGGUCAUGGACCAAUCAUGCAGUGUCCCGAAAUUUACAAGUUCUCCCCAAGGCAGAUGAAGAGAGAACACCAGUCUUAAUUGUAUCACGAGCACAUGCUGGGCAAGUUCAUAAUGUUACCAAAAUUGCAUUUGGUAAUGGUGUUGAUAUUAUUUCUGCAGCUGGUGCAGGCUACAAGUUCUUAGAAGUUAUAAGUGGAAAUGCAACUGCAUAUGUUCACAUAACGACAAUUAAAAAAUGGGACAUUUGUGCAGGCACUGCGAUUCUUACAUCUCUCGGUGGCACUAUCACGCAGUUAUUCGACCAACAAAUGAUAAAUUUUGGUCCUAGUGAUUCCAAAGUACUUACAGGUGGUCUUUUAGCCACUAUGAAUAAUCAUGUCUGGUAUUUAGACAAAUUUUCAAAUAUUUAAUAUAAAAUAUGAAACCUUAAAUGUAAUUACAAGUAUUCAAAUUACUCUUCCUAUGACAACAAAUGAAUCUUCCAUGUUGAAAAAUUUAAUACCAGAAAACCAAUUAAAGUGAUCAUUUUGAAACGUUUAUUUACAAAUUGUUUCCUUAAAUAAAUGUAUUCUGUAUAACAAUUUUGUAUUACAGACAAUUACUACUGUAUUGUUUGUCGAAUUCUCUACGUUUCAUACAUUACAGACAAUCACUAAUACAUUUUAAAGUAUUUCUUUUACUCAUUAGUAUUUUGGAUGUUCUAAAUUUAUGUAUAAUAAAUGGAAUUAAUAAUCGUAAAUAAUUAUACAUUUUAUAUAAAAAAAUGUCAAAAGCAAAUGUAAAUUUUUCAAAUUAAGCUAUCUUUACUUUUCCAUCAGAAAUUGAUAUUCCUGAUACUUUUUUAAAUUUUUUAUUAAAUCUAGCUGUUGCUUUCUCAUUUGUCACUUCAUCUGAACAAAAGCUCAUGUAUUGUGAAAUUACUUUUUUCUGUAAUUUCUUUAAGGAAAUUUCCCCUUUACUUUGUACAACGUUUAAUAUAGUAUCUUUCCAAUCAAAUGUUGGUUUCUCAUUAGUUUGUUCUUCGUUGCAUUGGUUAACUGAAGACUCAGAAAGUACAACACUUUUACUUUUCUUUUUAGGAACUGAUUCUACUACUUGAUCUUCUACAGAUAUGGUAUUAAGUUUUUUGUUUGAUUCAGAAUCUACUGACUGAUCACCCUCCACUUCAUUUGCUUUUCUUUUCUUAGAUUUCUUCUUUUUACUAACAUUAUUAGUAUCAUUGUUACUAUUAUUUUGUUGUUCUUCAUUCUGAGUUUCUCUGCAUAUAUUUUCAUUAUUUUGAUUUUCAACUAUAUUAUUCUCUUGAUGUUUACCCACAUCAUUUUUGUCAUCCACUUUAUCAUGUGCAUUACCUAUUGAUGUAUUAAACAUAAAAUAUUUACAAAACGACUGAUCUGAUUUGUAAUAAAACUGUAAAAAGUAAUGCUUACCAUUUUGCAGUUGUUGCUUUGAUGUUGUAGUUUGUACAUUAUUUUUGUAAACAGAUUCCAAUUUGUCCCAUACACUAUCAACUACAGUUGGAUUUGCUUUCUGACCUAUAGCAUUUUUAACAAAAUUUAAAAAUUUAACUUUUUUUCUUGGAAUAUUUUCAUACUUUGAUAAAGAGUUCAAAAAAUGUCUUUCAGCGUGUGAUAAAUUUGUUGCACUAUUCAAAACAGUUUUAACUAUAUUGAUCCAUUCUUGUUGCUUUCGUUCUCCUUUAUUUGUUCCAACUUUUGGAACAUAGUCUUUUCCUCCAUACCGUUCAGCUUCCGUUAUACACUUUGUAUGAGCUACAUAUUCUUCUCCUCUGAAAGUAAUAAAAUACUUAAUAAUACAAAGUUAAAUAUUUUACAGUUAUAAAAGUUGUUGAAAAAACUAACUAUUUAUAAAAACUCUACAUUUCAUAACCUAAUAAUUUAACAAACGGUAAUAAUGAAAUAAAAUUAAGUGUAGUAUACAUAAAUAUAAAAAUAUUAUUAAUAAUUAAACAUAAUCGUUACGUUAUAUUUCUCUGGAUCGGAAGGGCAUUAUCAUCUAAUAUGUAUUAAAUUUUUAUUUUAUUUAUAAAUACCGGAAAUCUUUGAAGCAGUCAACGCAGGUUAAAAACGGUGCUGUACGACAUUGAAAUUCGUAGUGUUUGGCAACUUUUGGUUUCUGUAAUGUUUCUCCACAAUGAUUACAAGUAAAUACCACCAUUUUCUACACUAUUUUAUAUUAAGCUCACAGAACUUAUUAAAAUAAAAAUGCGGAUCAACAAUAAAUAAAUAAAUGUUGGUUAGUAAUCCGUGAAAUGUAUAACAGCGUCGCCGUUAGUCUUAAUAUAGGAUAUGCUAUUCCCACGUGUACGGCUGCUAAAACUACCUUAGGUUGCUACGGGUACAUAGAAUGUAAUCUAAUAUUUCCUAUCUAUUUUCGGUAAACAAUUCUUAAAUGAAAUUGAAUUACAAAUAUAUUUUGAAACU